GUUGGCAUCAAAUUAAAAGUGAAAGCAAAAAUGUACAAGUGAAAGUAAAUUUGAUAUACGGACAAUAAAAAGACAAGUUGUCGAAACAGCGAUUUUUCUAGUAUAUAAGUGAAAUAUAGGAUGAUUUUGUUCAAUUUUGGAUAGACAGUUUGAAGAUGUAUCCACCGAACUGCGUUUUGAUGUCUCUGUUUCUGAUGAUCGCUGAUGGCUUCACUGUUCGUGGUCCCUCUGCUCCUCUGUCUGCUCCUCUGGGAUCUUCAGUGGUUUUACCCUGUUAUGUUGAUGAAGCUUUACCGGUGGAGGAUCUGGAGGUGGAAUGGAGACGAGCAGACUCAGAGACUCUGAUUCAUCUGUAUCAAGAUGGUGAGAGUCAGCCAGAGGUCCAGCAGCAGGAUUAUCAUGAUAGAGCUCAUUUCUUUACUGAGGAGAUUCAACAUGGAAACUUCUCCCUCCGUCUGGACAAUCUGACAGCUCAAGAUGAAGGAGAAUACAGGUGUAGAGUUCACAGUCAGCAGGAUUCUGGAGAAACUGUGGCUCAGAUAAAAGAUGUUGAGCGUUUGCUGGUGUCAGGCUCAGAGGAGUCCAUCUCUGCAUAUGUUGGUGAGGACGUGACUCUGAACUGCUCUGUAGACUCUCACAUCACACCUGAACACAUUGAAGUUUCAUGGAUAAAAACUGAUGGAGAUAUUCUGGUUCUGCUUUAUGAAAACAAUGAGACUUUACCAGAUUCAUCACAUGAGAGAUACAAAGACAGAGUUGAGUUGUUCACUGCUGAAAUCCCCAAAGGAAACUUCUCUCUCAGACUGAAGAGUGUCAGAACUGAGGAUAAAGGAGUUUACAUGUGUCAAGUGUUUGCUGGAGGUUUAUCAGCUAGUGUGACUGUCGAGCUGGGGGGACUGGGUCUCUCUGCUUUACACAUAAUAAUGAUGAUUCUGUGUAUUUCUGCAUCUGGAUCUGCUCUUCUGCUCUGCUUUAUGAUCUACUGCAGGUCACCUAGUAAAGGUUUUUUUGUCCAGCAAAUUUAUAAUCGUUCAUUUUAUGUGGGAUCUUCAGUGGUUUUGCACUGCCAUGUUGACAGAAGCUUACUAAAGAAAAUACAGAAGGUGGAAUGGAGAAGAAAAAACACCAAGACUCUGGUUCAUAUGUAUCAAGAUGGUGAGGUUCAGCAGCAAGAUUAUCAUGAUAGAGCUCAUUUCUUUACUGACGAGAUUCAACAUGGAAACUUCUCCCUCCGUCUGGACAAUCUGAGAGCUGAAGAUGCUGGAGAAUACACAUGUACAGUUUACAGUGACCGGUUUACAGUGAUCAGGACAGCAGAGAUAAAAUUGGCACCAGAGUUUGCAGUGAAAGGCUCUUCUGGUAUUAAGACCGUUUUAAUGGGAUCGUCGAUAGUUUUGCCCUGUCAGGUUGACAAACCCUUGUUACAGAGAAACCUGAAAGUGGAAUGGAGAAGAAACUCAGAGACUCUGGUUCAUCUGUAUCAGGAUGGUAAAAGUCAACCAAACAAACAGCACAAAGAUUAUCAUAACAGAGCUCAUUUCAUUUUGAAGAAGAUUAAAGAAGGAAACUGCUCCCUCCGUCUGAAAAAACUGAAAGCUGAAGAUGCUGGAAAAUACACAUGUAAAGUUUAUAGUGACCAGGAAUGUGUCCAUUCGGAAGAAGCAGAUGUGAUAAUACCAGGGUUUGAAGUUCAAUGUACUCGUCACAUACUUGCUCCUCUGGGAUCUUCAGUGGUUUUGCCCUGUUAUGUUGGUCGACCUUUACCAAUGGAGGGUUUAAAGGUGGACUGGAAACGAGCAGACUUAGAUUCAGACUCAGAUUCAGACUCAGAAUCAGAAUCAGAAUCAGACUUAGACUCAGAAUCAGAAUCCGACUCAGACUCAGAAUCAGAAUCAGAAUCAGACUCAGACUCAGACUCAGACUCAGAGACUCUGGUUCUUCUAUAUCAAGAUGGUGAAAGUCAUGCAAAGAAACAGGAUGAAGAUUAUCAUAAUAGAGCUCAAUUCUUUUCUAAGGAGGUUCAACAUGGAAACUUCUCCCUCCGUCUGGAUAAUCUCAGAGCUGAAGAUAGGGGAAAAUAUAAAUGUAAUGUUUACAGACAUCAGAGAAGAGUGUUUUCUGUCAAGAAAAAAAUGGCACUCAGAUUACUAGAAACCGUGUUUUGUCUUCAGAUGUUUCUCAUGUUUUUUCCAAAUAUUCUGAUGUUUCUUGCUUUUGUCCUGUGGGGGUUUUCUGAAGGCUCUCUUAUUGAGUCUGUCUCUUGUUGUGCUCUUUAUCUUCUGAGGCCUCUCAUGUUGCUCUGGGCGGCUCCAUAUAUUAAAGAGUUUAAAGGGAACAUGAAGGCCUGGAUUUUGUAUUAUAGUUAUGAGACAGAAUAUAUUGCUUUCUCUGCAGUUUUUUAUUCAGUUCUGUUUAAAUCUGCCUGGGAUAAAAGUCUGAAUUACACAGGAUUUGAACGUGUCGUGAUAAUAGUCCUUUUUGUUAUAGUGCUUCUCUUAACCCUCAUCUAUAUUAUUUACUUGUUGACUACAUUCAUUGGGAAAUUGAGUGAACGAAUAGAGGCUAUAUUCGAUUUUCUGGCUGGUGUCAGCUUGGAUGUUCUGCCUUCACUGCAGUUCAUCCUUCUGUUCUUCGCCUUUGGAUCUGCAAGAGCGGGAUUCUUCAUUGUUGCAGUUUUACCAGUUUUUCUCACAGUGACAAAUUACGACUGGGAUUUAACAUGUGGAGAAAAGAUGGGCUGUUUACCUUCAGUCAUGAGAUCAGUGUGGUUAAUCCUCAUGUUAUUAAUCAAUGCUGUAAUGGUCUAUUUCUACAUCAUGGCACUGGAGAAUGAAAAAGAUCGUGUUGGAUGGGCCUGUAUGAUUGCGUUUCUGCAGUUACUCUGGGCAGUGACAGACUUUACACGCACAUUUGAAUUUGAUCUUCAUCGUGUUGAUACUGUCUAUGUGUUUGGAUCAGUUGUUGUUGUUUUACUGAACUCUGUUACUCUGAUGACUGAACUCAUACUGAAAACAGUUAAUGGUGAAGGUGCAGUUGGAGAUUUGAGAAUCGUCGUCUUUUCCUCUGAAUUCAUCUUCACUUUCUUUCUGUUGGUUUUAAUGGUAUUUGAGCCAUGGAUCAAAACAUGUCAGCAGUCAUGUCAGAAGGCAAGAAAGUCUCGUCAAACUCCAGCUGCUGAAUCACAGAAUGCAGCAGUAUCUGUGGAACCUCCAGUCAGUGAAUCCAACCAGAGCCAGAGGCCUACAGAAUCUGUUGAAAUGAGGCCACUUCUGAAUCAAGAUCAGCAGGCUAGUGGGAGUGAAAAUCAGCCUGAUUCUGUAGUUUCACAAGCAUAACCAACAAUGACAGAAAUAGAAUUUGUAACCAUUAAACCCUAUUAUUCUUUUUAUUUCUCUAAUACAGUUCUUUGAGACAUUUAUGAUGUACUUAACUGUACAUUAUUGCACUUUUUGUAUGUAUAUACUGGUGAUUUGAAUUGUUUGAUUUAUUAAUUAGUUACAGCAAAAGCAGAGUAAAUAAACUGACACAAAGACAAACCAUGAUAAAUUGAGAUAAAUUCAAUAAAAUGAGAAAGAAAAAUCAUGAUAUUCAUAUAAAUCUAUAAAUCUGAUAUUUAAGUAACUCUGUCACAGUGUCAGCAAGAGAUUGUAAUGUUAGUGAAUGUUUAUUUCUGGGUCAUUUCUUAAACCCAUCAGGCACUGCAACCAAGUAUUCAUUUUUCAAAUGGAUAAGAGAGCAGGUGUAGGCCAGUGUCUCCUGUGUUCAUGUAGUAUUCGGAUUCAAAACAUUUAUGAAAGAAAAUCAUAGCAUUUAAGCCAGAAAAUCAUCUACAGGAGUCACAACAUUGCCUAUAAACACAGGUGAAAUAAAUCUGCUGAAUUCCCUCAAUUGUAAAUGAUUUUAAAAAGUGUCUGGAUUGUUUUCCUUCAUAUUCCUGGAAACAGCCUGUAAUUCUGUCUUUACAAAGUGUACAGUGCAGAUGUAUUGUCUCACCUCCAUAAUAACGACUGUGGAAAAAUGUUAAUGAAAUUAAUGCAUUCAUAACCUUUUAUUUUGGUCAAAACUUCAGAUUGUGCAUGUUAAUAAUGUAUGGGCAUAAUCAUUACAGUCAUAUCGUCUGUAUAUAAUCUAUUUUACUUUUCAUUGCAUGGUGCUUUAUUUCUAGUAAAAGCAUGUAUUUUUCAUGCUAAAACUGUACUAACAAGCAUGUUGUGAAUUUCAGUUAAUUCUGUAACAGCAGCUUUGUUUUAUAUUAAAUUAUUUUGUGUAUUUUGUGUGUAGCACUGUUUGUUUAAUUAUUGUGGAAAAGAUCGUUUGGUUGUUAUUAAACCUUCAGUGUGUCUCAA